AUGGCAGACCGCGCUCAACGCCAGUCGUCGUGGCUGCGGGCCACGACGAAGAAUACCCCGUGGAUCUUGCUGACGGUGCAGACCACGGGUUUCGUGUUGUUAUCCCAUUACUCUCGAGUGAUGCCCCCCGCCGGCGGCAAACGCUAUCUCACCUCCACCGCCGUCUUCGUGAACGAAGUGAUCAAGCUCGCCCUCUCCCUCACCAUGGCCCUCUACGACGUCUCCAAAACCGCUCCACCAUCCAUGCCCGCCACCUCCCUCUUCUUCUCCCUGACCAACGCGGUGUUUUCAGGCGACUCCUGGAAGCUAGCGAUCCCCGCCGGGUUCGAGGUGCUAUCCAACUCCCUCCAGUACAUUGCGUUGUCGAACUUGCGGGCCGCCACGUUCCAGGUGACGUUCCAAUUGAAGUUUUUCACGAUGGCUGUCUUCGGGCUGAUGCUCCUCAGACGGAGCAUUGGGGCCCGCAAGUGGGGGUUGCUUCUCCUUCUCCUGGUGGGCGUGGCGCUGGUGCAGAUCCCCGAUGCCAACUCCGAGCAGAUGGCCCUCCAGGAUGAGAGUGCAAGCGUGCACUUCCCGCGCUCAUUGGAGGAGUGGAAGGCUGUUAAAGGGGUAGCGGCGAAUAUGCAUAAACGCUCUGCGACCUAUGAGGGCAUUGAGGACGAUAUCCAGACGGCUGAUCCACACCUGGACUCGACCGUUGGCCUGCUCGCAGCUAUUGGGGCCUCGGUGGCCUCAGGUUUUGCGAGCAUCUACUUUGAGAAAGUGCUCAAGGAUAGCUCUGCGAGCGUGUCUCUUUGGAUUCGCAAUGUGCAAUUGGCCUUCUACUCCGCCUUCCCGGCUCUCUUCAUUGGAGUUGUGUUCCGGGAUGGCGAGAAAAUCGCCAAUGAUGGCUUCUUCCAGGGAUAUAAUUGGGCCGUGUGGUCUGCCAUCGGCUUGCAAGCCCUGGGUGGUCUCAUCUCGGGCUUCUACAUCACUCAUGCUCAGCGAGAUGCCAGGAGCUUUGCCACGACCGGCAGUAUCAUCUUGAGCAUCCUGGGCAGCAUUUGGUUCUUUGAUUUUGAGCUUACUGGGAGUUUCAUCCUUGGUGCUGCUGCGGUGCUGGUCAGCACACAUUACUACGGCAACCCUAGCUUCAGCCCUGGAAGCAUCCGCCCACCUCCAAUCCAGGUGGACAGCUACGAAAAGGAUUCCACGGGAGAGCAGGGCUCUCCUGUCUCGAACUCGCCCAACGACUUCUCCAUCAAGCUCCCCAGCACCCCAUUCCUGUCGGAUGGCAUGUCCAGCUCCCGUCCUAACUCCCCGGGUCCCGGCCAUACUCGCGUCAGCUCCAGUCGCAAUGUGAGUGCCAGCAACUACCUCGACAAGAAUUAG